AUGCCUUCCGAACCUACAAAACCCUCAAACGCGGGUAUCAUCACGGAUGAUACAGGCGAACGCCAGAUCCCCGAGUCGAAGCGAGCGGACGGCAGCGUCCGCAAAGCCAUCAAAGUUCGACCCGGCUACCGCCCACCUGAAGAUGUCGAAGUGUACAAGAACCGUACUGCCGCAGGGUUCCGCGAUCGCGCGACACGAGGCGGUAUUCCCGGCGCGACUGGCUUGAAGGAGGACAAACCCGACGCCUCUUCUUCCGCCGCGAGUAAUAAGAAUGCGAAGCGUCGAGAAGCACGAAAGAAGGCCAAGGCUGCCGGCGAAGAGGAAGGAGACGAUACAACGCAGGCCGGUGUUGACAGCAACAAUGCCAAGGCUGAUGAGGCCGACCCCGAAGUCGAGAGAGAAAAGAAGGCCCGGAACCUUAAAAAGAAGCUGAAGCAGGCAAAGGACCUCAAGAACAAGAAAGAAGGCGGAGAGACGCUUCUGCCCGAGCAGAUCGCCAAGGUCAUCAAAAUAAACGAGCUCAUUCGCGAACUUGAUGCUUUGGGCUUUGAUGCCGAAGGAGAACCCAAAAUUAGUGAUGGAGCCGAUGGCGACUUCAAUACGAAGGAAUCGUCGAAGGAAGCCUAA